UCCAGGUUAGGAUUUUUGGUGUACUUAAUGCGGCUGGUAGCCGCAGACUUCGGCGGCUAUGCCAGCUUUGAUGAUUAUUACGAGAUGGUUGUGGAUAAUAUUACCUCUUCGCAGAAUUAUACCGUGCCGAGGGACAAUAGCGAAUUACUUAAUGUCACCGAUACGGUAAUCCACGAUUAUGGAACUUACGACUUCAUCAUAGUUGGAGGUGGUUCGGCUGGGGCAGUUUUAGCAAGUCGCCUUACAGAGAUUAACGAAUGGAACGUUCUAUUAUUGGAAGCCGGAGGUGAUGAUAAUGACUUUAACGUAAUUCCAUCAAUGGCGAGUUAUUUAUUUAACUCUGACAUGAACUGGGCACAUUUAAGUACUCCACAGGACAACCUAUGCCAAGGAUUUGGAACUGGCAAUCGCUGCACGCAUCACGCAGGAAAGGUGAUCGGUGGAUCAAGCUCCAUUAAUGGAUUGUUUUAUACUAGGGGUAACCCGUUAAAUUUCGACCAAUGGGCGGAAUUGGGAAAUCCGGGAUGGUCUUACGAAGAAGUACUGCCCUACUUUAAAAAGUCUGAAAACGUUGCGUUUGAAGUCGAUGAUGAGGAUUACCAUGGCCGCGAAGGUCCCUUGGUCGUCAAUGUUACUGGCGAGACGCCUGGAUUAGACGAAGUAUUCUUCGAAGCGUUCGCAGAACUUGGAGUGGAAAAAGUCGACUACAAUGGAAAACAACAGCUUGGAGUCUCGAAAGUACAGUACACCCUAAACAAUAACCAGAGAGCGAGCACUGCUAGAGCUUUCCUAGAUCCUGUACUGGAGCGAACCAACCUAGCGGUCAGUUUGCGUAGUUUCGUCACUAAGCUAUACGUCGACAACUCUACUAAAACGGUGUACGGAUUGGAGUUUGUGAAAAAUGGAAAGCGUUUCUUUAGCGCUGCAACGAAAGAAGUGAUCCUCUCGGCUGGCGUGAUCGGUUCGCCGCAGAUUUUGAUGUUGUCCGGAAUAGGACCGAGCGAUCAUUUAAAUGAUUUGGGCAUUGAAGUGGUCGAAGAUUUACCAGUAGGCAAUACUUUCCAAGACCAGGUUACAUAUCUCACUUUAAAAUUCAGAACCAACCACACAUUUUUCAACAUAUCGUUGAGGGAGCAACUACAACUCUACCUUGACGACCAACGACCCUUAACGGCGCUCUCUGAUAUCGUGGCUUUCAUAAAUCCAGAUGAGACGACUUCCUCUCGCCCAGAGAUCGAAAUCUACACCGUUGUGACUGCGCCUACCUUGAAUAGCAAUCUUUCGCAAGAUCUGGACGUAGUGCACGACAUCAGAGUUUUCGUAUGCUUAUUGAACCCGAUAUCCAAAGGAACACUACGGCUCCGAUCUAAAGAUCCCAUCGAUAGACCAUUGAUCGAUCCAAACUACCUAGGCGACGCUCAAGGACAAGACGUCGAAACCCUUUUGAAGGGUUUCAAAUAUGUUCAGCGGCUGAACGAAACAAAAGCAUUCCGAGAAUUCCAAGCUUGGAUGGACCAUCCUGCGGCCGAACCGUGCGAUGGACAGUUCGAACGGUUCUCUGACGAUUGGUGGUACUGCGCCAUUAGAAACUUCGGCUCUUCGUCGUACCAUUCCGUGGGAACAACGCGCAUGGGGAAUUCUACCGUUGAUUCAGUGGUGGAUGCUAAGCUAAAGGUCCACGGUAUUGGGGGAUUGAGGGUUGUCGAUGCUGGAGUGAUGCCGGUUAUGAUAUCGGGACAUACGAACGCUCCUACAAUUAUGGUAGCAGAAAAAGCGGCCGAUUUAAUAAAACAGGAUUAUAAUGUUUAAGUCGAUUCUAUAUAUUUGUUUGAAUACUGUUGGUCUAUAUUCUUUAUUAGAGAAAUUUAAUAACACUGGUUGGCAAUGAAAUCCUGAAAUAUGAUUUUUUUUUAUAUUUCAAAAUUUUGUUUUUUUUUUUUUUCAAUUUUUUCAUUCGUCAACGUUACAAAAAAUAAAUAUACAUACAAAAUGAAUUUCAGAGAGUUGUAAGAGAACGGAGGGAAGUGCCGAAGGUGAUUUAUGUGGUAGUAAAUACCCGCAUGCGCAGUAUUCAUUGUGACACUACAACAGUUCAGUGAACACUUGUCGUUUAAUUGUUUACCUUUUAUAUCAAAUAUUUUGGUACGUUUUGCAUAAAGUUCAUGUUCUCUACAUUGGAUUUAAGUAUUUGAUGUAUAGUUUGAGUAUUUUUUUUAAGUAGAGCCAAUAAAUAUAAAAUAGAAGUUUGAAAGUUGUUUUAAAAUUAAUUUUAUGUGAUUUUAGGUUACAAAAUGCCACGGACUUGUAAAAAUUCCUCAGAUUGUUUUCGCUACAUUUGUGGGGAAUACAUACUAAAAACAC